AUGGAUGAGAGGGUGAUUCAGAGCUUGAUGGCUGUGAUGCGAGGAGGGGCAGUGGGAAGUGGUGGAGCAAGUUCCGAGCCGGGGCGGCAACCGCAGCAACCGCAGCAACAGCAACUCGCGCCGCCAACACAGCAGCAGGCCUAUCUGCAGCAACAGCUGGCGUUGCAGCAAUUUGCAGCACUGCUGACGGCCUACCCUUCCCUCUUUGCCAACCUCGAUCCCCAGACCGCGCUUCAAUGGCAGCUUGCUGCGGGACUGCUGCCACUCGAUCAGCUACAGCAGCUACAGCAACUCGCGCCACCAACACCGCAGCAAAGCCACGAGCAAUCAUCAGGCGGCGACUCUGGCUUUGGCAGACAGGCACAGCAGCCUUCGCUGAUGGACAUUGACCUCUCCCGGCCGACAACGCAGCACUACUCAGGAGCUACGGGAAAGCGAACGAACGAGCAACAGCAGCACUACGGCCACCAGCCACCUCAGUCGCACCAACCCCAUCAGCAGUCUAUCCUCCCUCGGCUUGAGCCUUACACCAAUUCCGCCGCCUCCGCAUCGUCGUCUUCCUACUCACCUCACCGCUCCGCCGCCUCUUCCUCUUCGUCACCGAGCAGCAAAGCGACCCUCAACCCUUCACAAACGCCUUCUUCAACAUCUUCCUCCUCGGCUUCCUCUUUGCAGACCAUUGGUUCGCCCUACGCCUCCCCACCAGUCGCCUUCGCCAGCCCACCCUUCCCCAUCCCCAACCCCGAGCAGUUCCUCCUUCAACACUUUCAUGUACAGCUUUGUCCGCCCAAGUGA